UUAUUCAUUCUUCAACCACCACCACAUAUCAUCACCUCUCCUGGCUAUAUAUAUUAAGCUCUUGCCCAUCAUUUGUUGCAAUUAGCUAACCCAUCUUUUGUUUUUUCACUCAAUUGUUUCCAAUUUUCCCCAAAAAAUUCCCUCCCUAUUUUUCUUUCUCUAUAAACCUCUUUUGUUUAGAAACACACGCAGAGAGAUGAAGAAGAAGAGAAAGAAGAAGAUCACACCUACCAAUGUUGUUUUCUACAUAUUGUUUGGUCUUAGCACAAAUCUACGGCAUAAUACCCACAUGCAUUAUUACUAAGGGAUUCCAUGUGGGUCAACCAUGGAGGUACCAACUACUUCAUGGGAUUCCCUUCGCAAACAGGCAAGAAAACUUGAAGCUCAAUUGGAUGAGCAGAUGAAUGCUUACCGUAAAUUAGUUUCUACCAAUCUUUCAACAAAAGGUGAUGCUGCACAGAGUGAUGUAGAGUCAUGGAUUGAGCGGUUAAUAAAACAACUCCAACAAGUAAACUCACAGAUGCAAGCUUGGGUAUCAUCUGGUGGCUCAGAUAUGGUGUCUCAUACUUUGACUAGACACCAAGAAAUUCUUCAAGAUAUCACUCAGGAGUUUUAUCGUCUUCGCUCAAGUCUUCGAGCAAAGCAAGAACACGCUUCACUUUUAGAUGAUUUUAAAGAAUUUGACCGGACAAGAUUAGACUUGGAAGAGGGUGGAGAAUCUGAACAGCAUACACUCCUGAAAGAGAAUGCAUCAAUCAGCCGAAAUACUGGACAUAUGGACGGUGUAAUAUCACAAGCACAAGCAACACUGGGGGCACUUGUCUUCCAGCGUUCAACAUUUGGUGGCAUCAAUUCAAAGCUCAGCAACGUGAGCAGUCGUCUCCCUACGGUAAAUAACAUACUCUCAGCAAUAAAGCGAAAAAAGUCAAUGGAUACCCUAAUACUUUCUCUUGUGGCAUCUGUAUGCACAUUUCUCAUUUUGAUCUACUGGAUAACCAAAUGAGGUUGUAUAUUUUGGUUGGUGCUCAACUUGUGUAAACCCUUUUUGUGUUCCUUGUCUAUUGGGCUAAAUAACUUGAGCCAUGUUGAAACAAAUUAUUUUCAAGGUAGUGUAUUGUAUUUGUUCAUUUGGUUGUUUGUUCUUGUAACAAAAGCAACACUGAUUAAAGAUCCAUAUAUUAACACUCCCCCAAAAAAUAGAAAACAAUUUUGUGAAUUUGGGGAUCCAUUUCUUCGCUCCGAUAUCAUAUCUUGUAGAGCAAGUGGCAUAUAAUAUAAUAGACAGAAAAACUUUCAAUAUCA